AUGUUGGGGUGGAUCACAGGCCAGGAAGAGCAAGUCGCAGACAACUCCAAGGUUCUCGAGCCACCAGAGACGCCCGCACCCGUGUUUGCGAUUCGCGCCUUCAAGAGUGCCUUGUUUGGUACACCUGCUGCCGACAACGAUAACGCAGACACCGGCAACCGCGCAGCCAAAACAAAGUCUGCUGCAGCCAAUCACCGACUCGCCGAUAAUGUUGUUCUGAAACCUACGCAGAACGCAAGAGAUGUCCCUCGCGCCACCAAAGCCGACCUUGAUCUAGCUGUGAACGCGAUGGCCUCUCCCACUAAAAGCAUCCUCGUGACACCCGGAACUGCCUCCAACCGACGAAAGACGGUUUCUUUCGGUGAAAGUGUGGUGGAUAACGAGCGCCAGCGUGACGAUCUAUCUGCGAAAUACAUCAAGACACCAGCAAGUCUCGCCAAUAAUUUCAGCAGCCAAUGGUCUUCGGGCUCGUCUGCAUCAAAACCAAGAAGCAAGCUUACCCAAGCUUUGAUGGAUUCGCGCGACAAGCCCGCUAAGGGCGUGGACGUCUUUGUUGACUCUACCUCCUCAUCAGAGACACAGAUCAACAUGUCGCAACCGGAAGAGGAUGACAACGAUGACACUAUCAACCUUGACGAACCGCGAUCACAGUCCGGGAAGUACUGGAAGGCGGAGUACGAUAAUUACCGGAACAAGACCACCUGGGAGAUCAAGAAGUUGAUUCAGUAUCGCUCGGCGGCGAAAACAUACGCUAAGAAGAAGGAUGAGGAGGCUUCUCGGUUGGCCGAGAAGUUGAGAGAGGAGGAACUUAGGGUCGCGGAGAUGGAACGUCAUGUCACUCACCUGGCUUCGACCAUGGUCGGAGAGAACGCCAACGCGGACAAGGAGAAAUUGGUGCAGGAACUCACGAAGCAAACCGCAUUAGCGUUGCAGUACAAACAUCGAGUCAACUCACUGCGGAAAACAUUGGAACGUCAUGGUGUCGUGGGGCAGGAGACGAGUGAGGUCGCUGAUUCUUCGGUUAUUGCCAGCCCUUCUGAGCAGAAGACCGAUAGCGUCUACAAGGUCCAGCAGGCUCUGGAUCAAGCGAACGCCAAGAUCGAGGAAAUGAAGCGCCAGCAAGAAGAGUUCAAUCAGCUGAAGGAUUUAGCGCGCAUUUCGGAGCAGAAGGCUUCAGAGUUGCAGAAGGAGAACGCGUCAUUGAAGCAGACGCUCGCCCGUGUGAAGCAGGAGAUGAGCAAGUACGAGGGGCGUCGCAAGGAGAAGGAAGCGAAAUUGAAGCAGCGCGAAGUCAAACUCGAAACGAGAAUUCAGGAAUACCGAGACCGCUUGAAGUCGACUGCACAACAGCACCGCCAACACGAGGAGAGCCUCAAAGCGUCUUUCAGUGAGGAGCGUCGCCGGAUGCAAGAGCAGGUCGACCAGCUCAGAAUCAAGCUCACGGCCAUCGAACGUCUACCACAGCUGCAAGGCCGCGCUCGUCGCUCGGAAAGUCCUCGAAAAGACCACGCCGGGGUUCACGUUUACGAUUUCGGCGUGCAAGCUAGCCCCGAAAAAGAACCGCUGGAGGAGACAAUCGAGCUCGACGAGCCACCGAGCCCGAGCCCGCGAGCCAAAGAGCGACGCUCGUAUCCGUCUUCAAGGUAUACGGCAGGCGAUCUCGACCUGAAACGCGCCAUGAGAGCGAUGGGGAUCAGCGACGAAGACCAACUGGCGUUUCUAGGAGGGGAGACUCUCCAGGCCCCUCGCUCCCGCUACCGCCACGGCGAUGAAGCCGUCCCUCCAUCCUCACCUCCAGAGUACCCGUUGGUCGAGCCUGCACGUUCACGCCUAAAGCACAAGUACGACGCCAACAGCUACCGAAGCACCCAUCCACUACCCAGCAAAUCCACCAUCACCUCUCUUGCCCACCAUCUCGCCCAAAAUCUCGACGACAGCCAUCAAAUCCGCACCACUACCACCACUAACGACCGUCUCCGCUCCCACCGCCCCUCCAGAUACGGCCUCGAUGCCGUCUCCGGCGUAUCAGAAUCACAGUCCUAUCCCCUCGACCGCACCUCCAAACGCAAACCCAGCCAGGCCGCCGUGCAAAGGGACUCCAUCCCGCUCGACCGCAAGCUCUCGGCCCAGGCGCGCCUCAAGCAGCGCAAGGAUGAAACCCGCAAACCCAAAGAGCAAGGCAAGGAGAAUAUCCGAACGUACACCAACCCACCGUUGUCGGUACUCGAAGCCUGA